ACGAUCGGGCGGCUCCGACGGCGCUCGUAUCUGGCCGGCUUUCACGGCGCCGGCGCUAUUUCACCCCUUUGACGUAGCAAAAUGGCGGCGGCGUGUCGGAGGCGUCUCCGUUCGCACAGUGCUCGACGUCGAGCAGUCCGCGUACGUUCGCAACAACGUUCCAGCAGAUUAACCCGGCGGCAGAACGGGCGCAUCGCACGCGACCGCGGCACCGCGCUCUUACGUGCGUGAAACACGGGCUCCUACCUUCCUUCCGGUGACGCCGACUACCCCCGUGCACGGGGCGGUGAAGGCGAGCAGCAGCGUGCGGGUUACGCGUCGGUCGCGGUCGACGCGAAAGCGACGUGAAGAGCAGCGGCGAGCAGUGCCCGGAGAGAAAGGGAGAGAGAGACAGAGAGAGAGAAAGAGAGGAGGAGGAGGAGAGAGAAAGAGAGAGAGAUACGGUGAUACGGCCAAGUGUGCGUCCGGUACGUGAUAUUCUCCAAGAGUUUUCUCUCGCGACGCCGCGUGCCUCUUCCGGUCUCCUCCGUCCCCUCGUCCCCUUCUCUUCUCCUCCCUGUCCCUCUUCUCUCCGUCCAAUUUUCGCUCCGAAUUCGUCCGUUCGUGUCUCCCUCGUUGUUGUUUCUUUCUUCUCUCUUUCGCUCUGCUCCCUACCUCCCUCCUUCCUCUAGCUCCCUCCCGUCGUUCUGCCUCGGUCCUUUCUCCCGUGGUCUCUCGGUCUCUCGACGUUUUCUCGUCCCGGUAACUCGUUCACGGCACCGUCGGUGAGAUGCGCGUGACCGGUCGCGCCUCGGGACGACGGCGACGACGUGCCUGGCGUUGUUGGUGCACGUUCCUCUGACGAGCACGGGAGACGCGCGGCGGGACUCGGCACGUCCACCGCAGCCCUCGCUACUAUGAUAAUAACGAGAGGCACGGCGACGGCGGUGGCGGCAAGGUGGGCGCUUCUCCUCAAGCGAGAGACGCUCGGCCGAACUUACCACAACGGUGGACAACGGCGAUCGGCGGUGAUCCUUAGCGACGCGGCUACGGCGAUGUUGUCUCUUUGCGGCCGUACACGCGCAGCACACGGGAACGACAACAGCAACGACAGGACCGACAGCAACAACAACAAUACCACCAUCAGCUUCGUAGGCACCGGGUCGCAGUGGACCAGCGGCUGUACAGUCGUGUUGGCCUUACCGUAUUACUAUUGUCAGCGUCGCGUCGGUGAAAUCGCUGUAACGUCGGACCGCACGUUGCCCGUCGACGACCACGAGGACGAGCCGAUAGCACCUCCGAGUCAGCAGCAGCACGACGACGACGACGACGACGACGACGACGACGACGACGACGACGAGGAGGACGAGAACGGCGGUGACGGUCGCCUUCUCAACCGCCGGGAUAGACUACGUUGUUGCGCGUGACCAAGAGCCUCGCUACGCCGAGUCG